GGAAACCAGAAGUACAUAAAAGCCACAAGUGCAUCAGCUGAGGAGCGCAGUGGUGGACCCCAGAGCGAAGUCAAAAUAAGAGGAAGCGGCAGCGCAAAGACAGGAGGAGGAGGACGCACGAAGAGGCUUAGUACAGAGAGAAACAGAAAGACACGACGAUGACAGGGGAUCAGGCGAGGAGAGGUGAAUACAUAAUUUAAUAUCACACUUUUUGUGUGUGAUCAGUGAAGCUGCUGCUGCUGCUGCGUUUUGGACCCAAACCGAGCGCAUCUGGAGAAGUCACUUCCUUCAUGAACCCACGUGCUGCUGAUCUCCUGCAAGCUGCCGCCGCCGCCACCUCAAGAUGGCAGGAGAUGAUCAUAGAUAACUGAGGGAAACUUCAACACGAAAGAGUCCUCGCUUCUGACUGAAAACUUGUACAGUUCCACGCUUUUCCAGUUGAUAAAUAAACUAUUAAGACACGAACAAUGGCAUCCUACAAACCCGCCUCAACACAGGAGGUGACCAAUGGCGGGCCUCCGUCUGUGAAGUCCGAGGGCUCUGAGGAGUCCAUGAAGCUGAAGAAGGAGAUCUCCCUCCUGAACGGGGUCUGCCUGAUCGUGGGCAACAUGAUCGGCUCGGGAAUCUUCGUCUCACCCAAGGGCGUCCUCAUCCACAGCGCCUCCUACGGCCUCUCUCUGGUGGUGUGGACCGUUGGCGGGAUCUUCUCCGUGUUCGGGGCCCUGUGCUACGCCGAGCUGGGGACCACCAUCACCAAGUCGGGGGCCUCCUACGCUUACAUCCUGGAGGCCUUCGGGGGUUUCCUGGCCUUCAUCCGUUUGUGGACGUCACUGCUGAUCAUUGAGCCGACCAGCCAGGCCGUCAUAGCCAUCACCUUCUCCAACUACAUGGUGCAGCCCAUUUUCCCCACCUGUAUAGCUCCAUACUUGGCCAACAGGCUGCUGGCUGCUGCUUGUAUAUGUUUGCUGACCUUCGUUAACUGUGCCUAUGUGAAGUGGGGCACCAGAGUCCAGGACUUCUUUACCUAUGCCAAAGUCAUCGCUCUCAUUGCUGUCAUCAUCACUGGCCUGGUGAAGAUCGGACAAGGUCACACUCAGAACUUCGACGGCCUUUUCGAUGGCUCAUCUCAGGACCCAGGGGACAUCGCUCUGGCUCUGUACUCGGCUCUGUUCUCCUACUCUGGAUGGGACACCCUCAACUUUGUCACAGAGGAGAUCAAAAACCCAGAGAGGAACUUGCCGCUGGCUAUUGCCAUUUCCAUGCCCAUAGUGACUGUGAUCUACAUCCUGACCAAUGUGGCUUAUUACACCAUCCUCCCCAUCAAUGCAAUCUUAGACAGUGAUGCUGUAGCUGUGACGUUUGCAGACCAGGUGUUCGGUGUAAUGAACUGGACUAUUCCCUUCGCUGUGGCUCUUUCCUGCUUCGGAGGACUCAACGCCUCCAUCCUGGCCUCCUCCAGGCUGUUCUUCGUGGGCUCCAGAGAGGGCCACCUACCCGACUCCCUGUGCAUGAUCCAUGUCCACCGCUACACUCCAGUCCCUGCCCUGCUCUUCAACGGCAUCAUGGCUCUGAUCUACCUCUGUGUAGAAGACGUCUUCAGGUUGAUAAACUACUAUAGCUUCAGCUACUGGUUCUUUGUGGGUCUGUCCAUUUUGGGGCAACUGUAUCUACGCUGGAAGCAGCCGGACAGAAAGAGACCCCUGAAGCUCAGCCUCUUCUACCCCAUCAUUUUCUGCCUCCUCACCAUCUUCCUGGUGGUUGUGCCGCUCUACAGCGACACCAUCAACUCCCUGAUCGGCAUCGGCAUCGCCCUGUCAGGAGUGCCCGUUUACUUCCUCUGCUGCUACACUCCGGCCUAUAAGAGGCCACUGUGGCUACGGCGCUUCAUCGCUAAAACUGGCAUACUGAUUCAGAAGGUGUGCUACUCCGUUCUAACUGAAAUGGAUGUUGACAAAGUGGAGUAGAGACGUUCGGCUUUCACACCCUGCCGGAGACUGACAAAGCACAAACACAAGAGGCUCAACCUGAACUCAUCUCGCUGCCACCACACGGCCUCGAUGGACGAACAUUUGGGCUUGAGCUGGACCCGGCUGUCUGACCUGUCUGUCAUCACCCAGUUAAAUUGUGAAAUGUAUGAUGCCUCCCGGGUGCUUGAUGGCAAGAUUUCACUCUGCAACUUCAGAGAGAACGUUUUAAUGCACUCCUGAAGAAAUCAAACCCUGUUUCUAUCACAGAACAGUAGAGGGCAUUAUUUAAUUAAUAUGUCAAAACAAGUGUUGUGUAAAAUUACUCAUAUGUAAUACCUUUUUGAUCAUAAUGGAAGGUGGCAAAUUAGUAUGGUUAGAUUGUUUAAGUGGACAGGAGAACAUCCUUGAAACUGAAAGCUGCUGACCACAGAAACAGCCUUGGUAUUAUUAUUAAUAUCAUUUGCACAAAGAAAAACAAGCAGUAAAAGAGAUUAAAAUGCAUUGUGGAGGGAAAGGUUCAUGAAGUUUUAUACAUCUGUGAAGUGUAGUGAAGUAAAGGGCUAUUUUUACACAAAGUAACUCAUUUUUUUCUGAAGUGUCUUGAUUCAAACACAGGCUGUUAAAUGUAAGUUUGAGACAGUUGAGCUGCAAACACGUAUUUAUAAUAAAAUUACUUGUGGACAAUA